UUUAUUUUCUAUUACUUCAGGCAGGUUUUUCUAAGUCAAGCAUCACUCAUCGAACUACAACCACCUAUUAAAAUAUGCGGCGACAUCCAUGGACAAUAUGCCGACGUUCUACGACUAUUCGAUCGCAACGGUUUUCCGCCUACUGUUAACUACCUGUUUUUGGGAGAUUAUGUAGAUCGCGGCCAGCAGAACCUUGAAUGCAUAUCGCUCUUCUUCUGUUACAAGAUUAAGUAUCCGGGAAAUUUCUUCGUAUUACGUGGGAACCAUGAGUGCUCGCCGAUAAAUCGAGUCUAUGGCUUUUUCGAGGAAUGUAAUCGACGUUAUCAAAGCACUCGGUUGUGGCUUCAGUUCCAGGACGCGUUUGCCGCUUUACCUUUCACGGGCCUUGUUGCCGGUAAGAUCCUCUGCAUGCACGGCGGGCUAUCGCCUAAGCUAAAAUCGAUGGAUCAAUUAAGACAAAUCACUCGUCCUAUCGAUCCGCCGAAUCCUUCAUUACACAUCGAUCUAUUAUGGAGUGAUCCUGACAACUACACCAAGGGUUGGGCGUCGAAUUGUCGUGGUGUGUCGUACGUGUUCGGCAAAGAUGUCGUCGUUGAGAUGAGUGCGAUACUCGACAUUGAGCUUGUCGCAAGAGCUCAUCAGGUGGUUCAAGAUGGCUACGAGUUUUUUGCCAAUCGGAAACUCGUCACGAUAUUCUCAGCACCGCACUACUGCGGCCAAUUCGACAAUGCUGGCGCUGUGAUGAAUGUGGACGAAAACCUAAUAUGUUCAUUUACGGUGAGUUUGAUAAAACAGUAG